AUGGCUCUACCGCAACUUCCGCAGCUUGCAAGGGCAGUUACAGAACGCCCUGGAGAUCUCCCCACGAAGAGGUUGGAUGACGAGGUUGAAUUCGUGUCUGAGAAGCCGGUGAAGCGACGGAAACUCGAGCACCCCAGACCACUAGCUAUCAGCAUCCCCACACCACAGUCUAGCUAUGAGGAGGGCACAGCGGUAACAGCGCCGAGGGUUAUCUUGGCACCACUAGCCGAUACUGGGCAUCCCGGGAACGCGAGGCCCGCCGCUGGCAAUGGCGCUGGCACUGACACUGGGGCGGAGACGCCAACCUCGAGAUCGGAUAAUGUCGUCAGCCCUAUCUCCUACGCAACUUCACGGGACAAUUUCUCCAAGAUUGCUUCAAAGCAGUGGACCACCGCGUAUCCUAGAGUCGGGACCGGAGCCUUUGGAUAUUGA